GGGCGUCACAAGAAGCCCCUGCCGUGUCCCGUCGGCUCCUCGACCGCUAGGGUUCGAAAGAGGAGAGGGGAUGGAGAGCUCGCUCAGGUACGAUGGCGAUUCCGAAUCCCUUAGGAUCCACGCCAAGGAGAAGAUUCCCCUCGCCUCCAAGACCCUACUGCAGGCUCAUGGAGAAUUAGACACAGGGGGUGGGACUCCUAGUUUUCUUGCCCUGUUUGUUCGGCAUUUCUAUCCCGAGUUAUCAGCCAGCAUGGGUAUAGGUGUUCAGCUCAACAAAGAAGAAAAACUCAGUUACAGUGUUAGGGGAAAGAAGUCAUUUCCAAUCACAGCCAACGGUCUAGUGGGCAUAAACUUGAAAGGAAAGUGCUAUUUUGACAAAGAAUUUAAAGAGAGGAAGCCAGGAGGAGCAGUUGAGUUGGCGUGGAGCAUAUUCAAUUUCCAAAAGGACCAAGACGUGAGGAUUAAAAUAGGAUACGAAAUUUGCGACCAGGUGCCGUACUUGCAGAUCAGGGAAAAUAAUUGGACCCUCGGUGCAGAUAUCCAUGGUAAAUGGAGUGUCAGAUUUGAUUUAUGAUCCAAGAAAAGAGAUGUCACAUUAUGCCAUCGAAUUCCUCCAUAGGUCAAACCGAGAUUGUCUGAGACGGCAUAAACCUCUUCUAAUUGAUUGGUUUUGUCAUGUGGAGUGAACUCCAUUAAAUGCUAUUUGUUGGAAUAUCUUUGCACACUGA